AUGCUCGCGCUGGGAGAGGAUCUGGAGAAGUUUGACGUGCUGGCGCUGGAACCGACGAGCGAGCGGGCGUUCGCGAGCGCGUGCGCGAAUAAACACGCGGACGUGGUGAGCGUCGGCGCGGGGCGGCGGUUGAGGUACAAGUUUACGGCGAGCGCGGUGAGGGCGGCGACGGGGAAUCGGAUAUCGUUUGAGCUGUGCUACGGGGAGGCGCUGAGGGAUUCGAACUCGAGGAUGUGGUUCUUCGCGAACGCGAGCGCGCUCGCGCGGGCGACGCGCGGCGGACGCGAACUGUUCAUCUUGUCGAGCGGCGCGGAGCGCGCGAUCGAGUUGCGAUCGAUGUACGACGUGGUGAACUUGGCGACAUUUUUCGGGAUGACGGAAAAGGCGGCGAGGGCGGCGAUGACGACGAACGUGCACGCGAUGUUGGCGAUGUGUAAACGUCGGAGAGACGCCGCGGCGACGGACAGCGUCGUCGAACGCAUGGACGCGUCCGCUUAGUCGACGCAGCUCGUUCUUUGGACGCGUCCGCUUAGUCGACGUAGCUCGUUUGUUGUAUUAUUAUCGUUCGUUGUUGAAGCG